UAUGAGAUGUGCUUGAUUACAAGACGUUCCAAAUAUAGUGAUUUCACUUGGAAACUUUUGGUUUGUUGGAAAACAGGUCGCUGAGGAGAGGUUGUCGCUUACGAGAGGUGGUCGCAACUGGAGGUUCGACUUUAUUUACAAAACCUGAGGGUCGAGAAAAGCACUGCACUCUCAUGUCAGGAAGAAACAGAAAGAAGAGGGAAAGAAAGAAGCGGCGAGGGUCUGGGACGAAAUCGAGUCUUCAUCGUCACGUGAUCAAUUGACCGUUUUGAAAAAUGGCGGCCACCAGUGUAAACAUUUACUCGCCGCUUUCAAGGCUUAGAGCGGACAAUCAUUCGUUACUAGAACAACUAAAACAAGGCCAGGAUGACAUCUGGCACGUUAUGAAAAGAAUGAACUCGACAAAAGACUCAUUUCCGACUAGAACGUAUGGAGAAACGAGUUUUACUUAUCGAGGAGUCGAUAGAACGCCCGUGAGAGUGUCAAGGAAAGUUGACCUAGCUACAACGGACAGAAAGCAAACAAGCACUCCGAAAAGUUUUGGGCAAGCUUUGAUCGCGGAUGGAAAUGACAGGAGAAAUAGGACGCCCGUCGGGCCGACUUCAAUUCUAUCUACUCCAGGGAACCGUAAAAGGACACCCAAGAAAUCUCUUCAUGUAAGCUUUGAACCUUCUCUGCGUCACGAGCGCAGUGUAAUUGGGGAUGACAAUGCAAGAAGAUCUCUUCUGGGUUAUGAUUGGAUUGCUGGCUUAUUAGACAAUACUUCUUACCUGUCAGAAAGACCAGAUGACUUUUUUGAUGAUCUGAAGGAGUUCAGAAGAGUAAAUAAAGAAGACUGCUUUGGAACUACUCUCUCAGAGAGGCCAUAUACUCCACUAAAGUUUACUCCCUCCAGAAGCACUCAAAGCAACACUAAGGAUGUUGUUUCCUGUGACAAUGCAUACACUUUGAAUGAAAGGCUCUUUGCUGUACCUAUCCAUGGACCAGAAACUCCUUGCUCAGUUUGCCAUACAAAGCGGGAAUCAGAGUAUGAAACAGAAGGCAGUUAUGUUCGGUAAGGUUUCAGUGCCUGUCAGGUACCAGUGAGUAUCUGCAUUCAGGGGUUACAUUAAGGGCCAGGCACCUGGAAAAUUGCCUGGCUGUGAGGACAAUUCUGUCAGGCUGGUUUGACCAUCUAACGGAAAGUUUUUCUCAAAACGAAGUUCAGUUGUAAUAGUUUUGGCGGCCUGUGAAAACCAGUUGCCGUCCUGUUUAAAAUGCCAAUGAAACCCCUGCUAUUAUGAAGGUGGCUGUCACUUUAUUAUGAGGCAGAAAUUAUCUAAUUGUGAAUUCUGGUUUCAUUGGGACCAAGUGAGCUCUCCAUAAUAUAGAAGUGUUGGUAUUAUGGAGGUGUUGAUAAUGAGCCAUUCAAUGGGAGUAUUUAGCUUUUGAAUUGCUCAAUUCUAGCUGGCAGGUAUGUUUUGCAGGUGGGAGGUUGCAGGUUGAAAAAUCAACUUUUAAGUCUGAGCGAGUCUACUUAGCACUUCGGUUAGCCUGAAUAGCACUCCGGUUAACCUAAAUUAGCUUAGGGUUGCUUGCGGUUAGCCUUUAUACUGGGGUUUAUUCAACUUCAACUCAAAUAAACAAGUCGUUUCAACCUGCAACCUGCAAAAACUACCUGCUCAAUUCUAGCUCUUCCUGUGUGAUUCUUUUCCAGUUUGGUGUUUGGUGCCAUUGUUCUGCACAUUAAACAUACUUGUAAUCCUACCGCUGUACUCCAUGAAAUAUACUUAGAUUGCUGACACUCCUUCCCUAUGGCUAUAAUGUGGCUUAACACAUGUGAAAGGAGUUCAUGAAUUAUUUUUAUUGUUGGAUAUUUUGCAAGGAUGUUCAAGGAGCUAAAGUUCAGGGGGUCCUUCUUACAGUAUCUACCAAUUGCCAAAUCAGUUGAUCAUGAAUUUGUUGAUAAGGGAGGUUUUUAAGGUGGCCAA